AUGCAAGUCUUCAUCCUCGGUGCGACUGGAAGCAUAGGCGGUGCCCUCUUGCCUCUUCUCCGUCAAGAGUACCCCUCUGCAGACAUUACUGCACUCGUUCGCAAGGAUAGCGAUGCGCCAGUCCUAGCCAAAUUCGGAGUCAAGAGUGUCAAGGGCUCUGCCGAGAAGCUCGAAUUAGUCACAGAACUCUCAUCCAAAGCAGAUCUCAUCAUCAAUACUGCAGACGCCGACAUAUUCGACGCUGUCAAGGCGAUUCUCGACGGAGCCAAGCGUCGCUACGAGGCUACUGGCAAAAAGUCGAUUUUUAUCAAUAUCAGUGGAGUCGCAGUAACCAUUAGCACUCCAGAGGGUGUUUUCCGUGAGACUUCUCAGGUCUACGACGAUCGUGACAGCGCCCUCACAAAGGGCCUGCCAGACUCAGCUCCUCAUCGCAACGUCGAGAACCUCGUUACCGAAGCCGAUGUGGCGGGAUACGUUGCAGUCUAUACACUUUCCCCCGCCACCGUCUACGGCGCAUCCAAGAAGAGUUCGAUCACGCGUCAGACACUUCUCGCCAAAGUCCUCCUCGCUACCGUCAAGCAGAGUAAAAAGGUACACAUUGUCGGCGAGGGCAGUAACCUGCUCAACUUUGUGCAUGUCGACGACGUUGCCUCUGGUUAUCUGACCGUCAUCAAGCACGCAUUCUCCGGGAACGAUACAGAGUCUGGUUAUGGACGGUACUAUUGGGUGGGUGGCGAGCAAGUUCCCUGGAUUAAGGUCGCCAAGGCAUACGCAAAGGAAUUCCACGCGAAAGGUAUCGCAGAUUCUGACGAACCAGUGCAAGCAACCCCUGCCGAAGAUCCUAUGAUGGGUUUCUUUGGCUGUAAUGUUCGUGUCGUGCCUGGACGACUUCAGGACUUGGGCUGGUCUCCUGUCGGCUCGUCCAUCUUUGACAACGUCGAGAAUGACAUCCGAAUGGCACUUGAAGCCCAAUAA